GAGAGGAACUGUACAAGCUGAACAUUAUUGUCACAAUGAAAUGCAAUCGGGAAUAAUGUAUUUGUUGUGUUUGUUACUAUUCAUGUCCUGCAUAGGCUAAAUUAUAUUUGGAGGGGUCUCAUGACAGUCUACUCAAACCAAAUAUGGUAAUUCCUUGGACAGUGUCCUAUUAGAAAGUGAUUUCACCCUUCCUUACAAUCCUUUAAUAAAGACACAACAAAGGAUUCACAAUUCUUAGUCACAUAUAAUACCGUUAAUUGUUUUCACUUGCGAACAUUCAUACAUAGAAAGUGUUUCCAAGGGAUAUAUGGGUCGUCUAUUUUGAUAAAGAAAGUGACAGUGCUACAGCUUAUGAUUUGAUUCAAAAUCUCAAUUGAGCCGCAGUCUAUGUUCAGUGGUCGAGUGAUAAAUAUCAAGUUGAGUGUUUAUGUGGACUAAAAUAGUUAUCACGAUGCAUUUUAACGGUUAUCUUGUGGUCAUGACCAUCAUUGCAACUUUCCUCACAUCAGUAGAACCCGCUCCAUCCCUGGAAACGCCCGAAAGUGAGUCUCCAUCAAACCUGGUGGAAGAACAAGCUGAUGUUAAAGCAGCUGUUGAGCCUGAAAAUACCACCACAACAGACAGAGUCCGUGAAGCCAAAUCUGAGACCGAAUUGGAUGUCGAUGAACUUGCCAAUAAAACUAUCGACGCAGACAUUCUAUCCAAUAACAUCCAUGUGGUGAGAGGAAGAACCAUCAUGAGUGCUAUGAAUGAUGUCUACGCUCUCAUUUUUGUACUUCUCGACACACUCAGGAGUAAUCUGAGAUCAAGGGACUUGUUCCCACUCUUCACUCGUGUUUUGGAUACAGUUAUACAGAGGUUCUUCCCUCCUAGCCAAGGUUACCAAUAUAUUUCGUAUAACUGAAGUGAUCUACGCGUGAAAUGGAACAACGUGCUGCUACAACAAUGGCAUAUUUUAUGCCUCAAUUCUUAGCAGUCAACUUUCUCCUGUUUAUGUGUGUUAUUUCAUCAUAAUUUAUAGCACACAAUUAUUUAUUUUCCUUCAUCAACGUACAUUUGUAUAUUCAUCAAUAAUAAUUUAUUUUCUUGAUGUAUCCUAUUUAUUAAAAUCUAUAUUCAUUGAAAUUGUUGUUUUAUUAUUUCUAUU